UAUGACUUAGGGCAAGUCCUUGAAAUUCAACGAGCUGCUUACCAGUCUGCCUUUUGCUACUCCUGUCAGGUCGGUUGGCAAAAAGGGAUUCAGAUGCCGGACGCAGAUGGGAUCGAGCGGGGCCCGGCCGCUACGCCGGCAGACUUUGUCAAGGCCCUUGAGAAAAGCGAAUUGGCACGACUUCAGGUGCCGAAAAUCGACAUCUUCCUGUUUGAAGGGGAAAGGGUGUCAAAAUGGCUGGAGCUACUGGAACAAGUUACCGCCGAGGUACCCGAAGAAGACAAGUUCAAGUUUCUACCUCGAUACAUCUGGUGGGAAACCCGGCCCAAAGUAAUGAAGGUGGCUGCUGCAGCAGGGGGAGACAGCGUUAAGUUCAAGGCUGAGAUGCAAAGGCGAUUCAAGUUAGGGGAUGGCUUGCUGACUAAGACAGAUUUGGAGAUGCUGCAGCGGGAUGAAUUCUCCACAGUAGAGGUCUUCGUCACAGCAUUCGAUAAGAUGGCAAAGAAAGUCCCAGGGUUGGCGGAAGAGGAACAAUGUGCCACUUUCCUGGGGCACUUUAAGAAUUGGGAGGCCUCGUCGCUGACCAAGAAGGCUGCGCCAGGGAAGAAGCCGACUUGGGCCACCAUAAAGGAGGGCGUGAUAGAAGGAGAACUGGACCAAGUAGACAUCAUCCAAAUGAGACAGGCUAGGAAGAAAAGAAAGGCCUUGGAAGUCACAACGAGCGACGGGCGAGACUUUAAGAAACUGAUAGAAGAUGCGGUGACCCAGCUCGAUGCAGAGAAAGAGGCAAAAAGGAAAACCAUGGCAGCGCCACAGACCGUAGGGAAAGCGAAGAAAUCAGUGGUGCAGGAAGAAAAAGAAGAGGAAGAGGAAGAAGCGCCCGAGCCUCAGAAGCUAACCAAGGCUCAAAGAAAGACCAGGAAUCUGGCUCAAGGGGGUCAAGGCUCAGGGAGGGGUCAGGUCCCGCAGGCUGUGGCAAUGCCCCCUCCUGAGUCAUCCCAUCAGGCUGCACCAGCACCCUAUGGGCCAUGGCCAGGUUGUGGACCUCCGAGCUUGACACCAUUUGGCGAAGCCAUGGCAAGAGGGAAGGGAGGGGCAGGGCCAGUGGAACCUCCUCAGGAGGCAGCCAGACAGAGAGUGCAGGGAUGGACCAGGAGAGAGGACAGGCCACCCAUCUUCAGAGGAGGGAACGUGGAGUUGUUUUUGGUCGAGUUCGAGAAACAUGCCAGCGAGUUCGAAUGGAAUGGAGCUAGGAUGUUGCGAGAGUGCGGGACACUGUUCGGCGCUGCUGUUGAGCCGAGCACUGCUCAUUGUUGGGCGCUUUUGCUGCACGUCAUUCCUGUUCCUUCUUACGUCGGGGUCACUACUGUGCUAGGCAGAGAUUUAUGCACGAUUGCUGAAGCGAGACGUUGUUCCCCACUUUAAGCCGUUGUGGUGCGCGUCGUGUGCUGCUGCGACUGGCGGCUGCUGUUGUUGGGGAGGGCCUGCUGCCGUGUGGUGUACGUGAUCCGUUGCUAAGUGUC